GUAUCGGCUGGUGUGACACUUUAUCUCUCUCUGCCGUGUUUGAGGGGUUAUCUCACAUAUUUCCCCGGGAGGAUUUCCACGGCGGUUCAGUCAGGGCUGUGCUUGUUAAUGGGCGUCUUGGACGGCUGCCUUUUCCUCGUCCAUGUGUGCCCCUCUGAGUGCGCUGUGAGCAGCAGCAGGAGCAGUAGGAGCAGGAGUAGAGGCAGAGGCAGCAGCACCUUGGAAGCGCAGAAGGAAGGAGGGGGACUGCUUUCUGCCGUGCCGUGCCGUGGCGUGCUUAGUGGAAAUACGCUCGCCUACUUUGGUUACUAUCAAAACCAAUCGGAGGGAAGAAGAGGGACACGAACUAAAAGACGGUCUCAGACUCAUUUUGUGAAUUGUUAACGGGACAGGCCUGCUACGGUGGACAUGUCUUCAGAAUGAAUCACUCCAACUGAACAGGAGUUGCAACCCACAUUUUCAUCUGAAAGUAGAGUGGAGGCAGCCAUGGAGGUGAAGGAACGCAGACCCUAUCGCUCGCUCACGACCAGGCAGGACACAGAGCGCCGUUACACCAGCUCCUCUGCAGACAGUGAAGAUGGUAAACCCAACUCUAAAUCCUAUAGCUCCAGUGAAACACUCAAAGCCUUCGACCAUGACUCGAGGAUGGUGUAUGGGAGCCGCGUAAAGGAAAUGGUUCACCAUGAAGUUGAUGAAUUCAGCCGGCAAGGUGCAGACUUUUCCCUGCGAGACCUCGGCUUUGGAGAUGGCCUUCCAUCGCAUGUUGCUACGUACAGGAGCGACAUCGGACUGCCUCACCGUGACUACUCAGUCAGCGUGGGCUCGGACGCAGACACAGAGACGGACGGCAUCAUGUCGCCGGAACACGCAGUCAGGCUGUGGGGCCGUAGCAACACCAAGUCGGGCCGCAGCUCGUGUCUCUCCAGCCGAGCCAACUCCAACCUAACGCUGACCGACACUGAACACGAGAACACAGAAAACGGUCCUCCGCUGCAUUGUUCAUCCGCCUCCUCCUCCCCUGUUGAGCAGCUCCCAUACCCUCCCCCUUCCAUUACAGCCAAUGAGAACCAGGGGAGGUUGCUAGGUAACAGUGCGGCUCAGCCAGCCCAGGACUCUGACUCUGAGGAUGAGUUUGGCCCCAAUUCAUUCUUAGUUAAAACUGGCUCAGGGAACCUGUAUGCUCCUUCCGCUGCAACUGCUGAUGACGGAGCCUUUCAAAAUCACUCUCGGCUCCGGACACCUCCACUACCCCUCUCCCAUUCUCACUCUCCCAAUCAUCAGCACCACGCAGCCUCUAUUAACUCGUUAAACAGGAGCAGCUACACUCCACGGAGCAACGCCAGCCCAGCGCCCACAGACAGCUCUGCUCCCCCUGAUGGUCCUGCCAGCGGUCAACACUCUGGCAGUGUGCAGGACAACUGGCUCCUCAACAGCAACAUCCCACUGGAAACAAGGAGCCAGAAUACUCUAAUGUUUAUCAGAGAAGAGCAAGACGCUUGCAGAGAAGGACAGGGCUCAAACAAAACAAGAAACAUAGCAAAGCAGACAUUCCUUGAGACUUUGCAGGACAACCUGAUUGAGAUGGACAUUCUGGCAUCUGCACGCCACGAUGCCUCAUACAACGACGGGCAUUUCCUCUUCAAACCAGGUGGAACAUCACCAAUGUAUUGCACAACUUCACCGGGGUACCCUCUGACCUCCAGCACAGUGUACUCGCCUCCCCCACGCCCUUUACCUCGAAACACCUUCUCUCGACCUGCCUUCAGCCUGAAGAAGCCCUACAAGCACUGCAACUGGAAAUGUGCUGCUCUCAGUGCCAUCCUCAUCUCAGUGACCCUGCUUCUCCUGUUAGCCUACUUCGUUGCCAUUCACCUUUUGGGGUUAAACUGGCACCUCCAACCCAUGCAGAGACAGAUGUACCAGCUGUCAGAAGACAAUACAAGUGGCCUACCAUUCCCUACAGACUUGAGUUUACCACCACUAGGCAACACAGGGCUGGAGAUAUCCAAUCGCAGGGGAAAAGAUGACAGCAAAUUGGACAGCUUGUUCCCAGAUGACAGCUAUAUAGAUAUGGGGGAGAUUGACGUGGGACGCAAGGUCGCCCAGCAGAUUCCUCCCGGUAUCUUCUGGAGAUCCCAGGUCUUCAUCGAUCAUCCCAUGUACCUAAAGUUUAACGUGUCACUCAGCAAAGAUGCCUUAGUAGGAAUAUAUGGAAGAAGAGGCCUUCCUCCGUCACACACACAGUUUGACUUUGUGGAGCUGUUGGAUGGGCGGCGGCUCCUGGCCCAGGAUGUUCACAGUCUGGAAGGGCCUGCAGCUCUGCAGCGAAGUCUCAUACCAAUCACCACACACGACACAGGUUUUAUCCAGUACAUGGACUCGGGCAUCUGGCACCUGGCCGUCUACAACGACGGGAAGGAAACCGAAACUGUUUCCUUCCUCACCACUGCCAUAGAUUCUAUUGAUGACUGUCCCAGUAACUGCUUUGGAAAUGGUGACUGUGUUGCUGGAACAUGCCACUGCUUUUUAGGAUUCAAAGGGCCUGACUGUGGGCGAGCUGCAUGUCCGGUGCUGUGCAGUGGGAAUGGUCAAUACCUUAAAGGCCGUUGCAUGUGUCACAGCGGCUGGAAGGGUUCCGAAUGUGACGUUUCCACCAGCCAGUGCAUCGACAUCACGUGCAGCGGCCAUGGGACCUGCAUUGUGGGAACCUGCAUCUGCAACCCUGGAUACAAGGGGGAGAAUUGUGAAGAAGUGGACUGCCUAGAUCCAACGUGCUCGGGCCGAGGCGUUUGUGUCCAGGGAGAGUGCCACUGCUUUAUCGGAUGGGGAGGGCCUGGAUGUGAAAGCCCCAGGGCCUCCUGCAUGGACCAGUGCUCUGGACAUGGAGCUUUCCUGGCAGACACCGGAACCUGCAGCUGCGAUCCCAACUGGACGGGCCACGACUGCUCCACAGAGAUUUGUGCAGCCGACUGUGGAGGCCACGGCGUUUGUGUUUCAGGCACCUGUCGCUGUGACGACGGCUGGAUGGGCGGCGGAUGUGACCAGAGGGCGUGUCACCCGCGCUGCAACGAGCAUGGCACAUGCAAGGAUGGCAAAUGUGAAUGCAGUCCUGGUUGGAACGGCGAACACUGCACCAUUGCUCACUAUCUGGAUAAGGUAGUGAAAGAGGGUUGCCCUGGUUUGUGCAAUGGAAAUGGCAGGUGCACUCUGGGUAACAACGGCUGGUACUGUGUGUGCCAGCUGGGCUGGAGGGGCACUGGCUGUGACACCUCUAUGGAAACUGCCUGCAAUGAUGUCAAAGACAACGAUGGAGAUGGCCUGGUGGACUGUAUGGAUCCAGACUGCUGUCUUCAGGCAACCUGUCACACCACCUCUUUGUGCGUGGGUUCGCCCGACCCGCUGGACAUCAUCCAGGAGACGCAGAUGUCCUCUGCACAGAGCAACCUGCAGACGUUCUACAACCGAGUGCGCUUCCUGGUGGGCAGGGACAGUACACACACCAUCCCUGGAGCUAACCCCUUCGAUGGCAACCAUGCUUGUGUCAUUCGUGGGCAGGUGGUCACCUCGGAUGGAACCCCGCUGGUUGGAGUUAAUGUCAGCUUCAUCAACAGUCCAACGUUUGGCUACACAAUUACCAGGCAGGAUGGAAGUUUCGACUUGGUGACCAACGGGGGCAUAGCCAUAGCCCUGCACUUUGAACGCGCUCCAUUCAUCACCCAGGAGCACACUCUGUGGUUGCCAUGGGGACGGUUCUUUGUCAUGGACACCAUUGUCAUGCGGCACGAGGAAAAUGACAUCCCGAGCUGCGACCUCAGCAGCUUCUCCCGGCCCGUCCCCGUGGUGUCCCCGGCGCCGCUUACAGCCUUUGCUGGUUCCUGUUCGGAAAGGGGGACAGUGGUGCCCGAAAUCCAGUCUCUACAGGAAGAAGUGCCUAUACCAGGGACAGAUAUGAAGCUCAGCUAUCUAAGCAGCAGAACUCCAGGUUAUAAGUCAAUUCUGAGGGUGACCCUCACACACUCCACAAUUCCUUUCAACUUGAUGAAGGUUCACCUCAUGGUUGCUGUCGAAGGCCGGCUGUUCAGAAAGUGGUUUCCCGCAGCUCCCAACCUCUCCUAUGACUUUGUUUGGGACAAGACGGACGUCUACAGCCAGAAGGUGCACGGCCUCUCUGAAGCCUUUGUUUCAGUGGGUUUUGAGUAUGAAUCAUGCCCAGACCUUAUUCUGUGGGAGAAGAGGACUGCUGUGCUACAAGGCUAUGAAACAACUGCCUCCAAACUUGGAGGAUGGACAGUAGACAAGCAUCAUGCUUUAAAUAUCCAGAGUGGUAUUCUUCACAUGGGCAACGGAGAGAAUGUCUUCAUCUCCCAGCAGCCACCCAUAAUCGGCAGUGUGAUAGGCAAUGGGCGCAGGCGCAGCAUCUCUUGCCCCAGCUGUAAUGGCCUCGCCGACGGAAACAAACUACUCGCCCCCGUGGCUCUGGCUUGUGGCUCAGAUGGAAGUCUGUACGUGGGCGACUUCAACUAUGUGAGAAGGAUUUUCAUCACAGGGAACGUCACCAGCGUCCUGGAGCUCAGAAAUAAAGACUUCCGUCACAGUAACAGCCCGGCUCAGAAGUACUACCUGGCCUCCAGUCCUCUGAACGGCGCCGUGUACCUGUCCGAUACAGGCAGCAGAAAGGUGUUCAGGGUUAAAUCUCUGACUGUUGUGAAUAACGUUGCCAAGAACCUGGACCUGGUGGCUGGAACCGGUGACCAGUGUCUCCCAUAUGAUGAUGCUCGCUGUGGCGAUGGAGGGAAAGCUGUUGAGGCCACUCUUACCAAUCCCAGAGGCAUUACAGUGGAUAAGUACGGGGUAAUCUUCUUUGUGGACGGAACCAUGAUUCGCAGGAUUGAUCAGAAUGGUGUAAUUUCUACUUUGCUGGGCUACAAUGACUUAACCUCAGCUCGACCUCUCAGCUGUGAUGCUGUUAUGGACAUCUCUCAGGUACGCCUUGAGUGGCCUACAGACCUGGCAGUGAGCCCCAUGGACAACUCCCUGUAUGUUCUGGACAACAAUGUUGUUCUACAGGUCUCAGAGAACCAUCAAGUCCGUAUUGUAGCAGGUCGCCCCAUGCACUGCCAAGUGCCUGGCAUCGAUCACUUUCUUAUGAGUAAAGUGGCCAUCCAUGCAACUCUGGAGUCAGCAAACGCCCUGGCUGUGUCACACAAUGGUGUUUUGUACAUAGCUGAGUCUGAUGAAAAGAAAAUCAACAGAGUACGACAGGUGUCCACCAAUGGAGAGAUCUCCCUGGUUGCAGGGGCACCAAGUGGCUGUGACUGCAAGAAUGAUGUUAACUGUGAUUGCUACUCUGGAGAUGGUGGCUAUGCCAAGGAUGCUAAGCUAAAUGCACCCUCUUCCCUUGCAGUGUGUCCAGAUGGAGAGCUUUAUAUUGCAGAUCUUGGAAACAUUCGUAUCCGCUAUGUGCGCAAAAACAAACCCUAUCUAAAUCCCCUCAGUAUGUAUGAGGUAUCCUCUCCAAUUAAUGAUGAACUCUAUUUGUUUGAUUCCAAUGGCAGCCACAUUUUCACACAAAGUCUGACAACAGGAGACCAUCUUUACAAUCUGACCUACACAGGAACAGGAGACAUAAGUGGCAUCACUGAUAAGAACAAAAACACAGUGACCAUACGACGAGACACUACAGGAAUGCCUCUGUGGCUAAUGGUCCCUGAUGGACAGACCUUUUGGUUCACCAUCGGUACUAACAACGCCCUUAAAACUGUUGCUGCACAGGGUCAAGAACUAGCCGUAAUGACCUACCAUGGAAGCUCAGGUCUUCUUGCUUCUAAGACAAAUGAAAAUGGAUGGACAACUUUCUUUGAGUACGAUGGUUACGGGCGACUAACCAACAUCACUUACCCCACCGGCAGAGUAAGCAGCUACCGCACAGAAGCCGACAGUUCGGUCCGCAUCCAGACAGAGGGCUCCAACAGAGAGGAUGUAACAGUCACCACCAACCUGUCAGCCUCUGGCAACUUCUACACACUUUUGCAAGAACAAGUUCGGAACAGCUAUUUUAUUGGUUUGGACGGCUCGCUGCGGCUUGUUCUGGCCAAUGGUAUGGAGGUGUCCCUGUACACUGAGCCCCACCUGCUGGCCGGGACAGUCAACCCCACCGUCAGCAAGAGGAACAUCACCCUAGCCAUCGACAACGGCCUCAACCUGGUGGAGUGGAGACAGAGGAAGGAACAGGCUCGUGGCCAAGUCACUGUGUAUGGACGCAGAUUAAGGGUUCAUAACCGGAAUCUACUAUCGUUGGACUUUGAUCGGAUCACCAGGACAGAAAAAGUCUACGAUGACCACAGAAAGUUCACCUUACGGAUCCACUAUGAUCAUGCUGGUCGGCCCACUCUGUGGGCUCCAAGCAGCCGCCUCAAUGGCGUUAACGUCACUUACUCCCCUGGGGGGCAUGUGGCAGGGAUCCAGAGAGGCACCAUGUCUGUCCGCAUGGAGUACGACGUGAACGGCAGAAUCACGUCUCAGAUAUUUGCUGAUGGUAAAUCGUGGAGCUACACUUACCUCGAAAAGUCCAUGGUGCUGCUUCUCUACAGUCAGAGGCAGUAUAUCUUUGAAUUUGACAAAAAUGAUCGGCUGUCUUCUGUGACCAUGCCCAACGUAGCUCGGCAUACCCUGGAGACGUCCCGGUCUAUUGGCUACUACAGGAACACCUACCACCCCCCUGAAGGUAAUGCAUCGAUGCUCCAGGACUACAGCGAGGACGGGCAGUUGCUGCAGAUCACCCACCUGGGCACAGGCCGCAGGGUGAUCUACAACUACGGGAAGCUCUCCAAGCUGCUGGAGAUCCUGUAUGACACCACACGGAUUGGUUUCUCCUACGAUGAGGUUGCAGGAAUGCUGAAGACCGUCAACCUUCAGAGCGAAGGCUUCACUUGCACAAUCCGCUACAGGCAGAUCGGCCCGCUGAUCGACAGGCAGAUCUUCAGAUUUAGCGAGGAGGGCAUGGUCAAUGCAAGAUUUGACUAUGUCUACGACAACAGCUUCCGAGUCACCAGCAUGCAGGCAGUCAUUAACGAAACUCCUCUGCCGAUCGACUUGUAUCGCUAUGACGACGUGUCAGGCAAAACAGAACAGUUUGGCAAAUUUGGAGUCAUUUAUUACGACAUAAAUCAAAUUAUAACCACUGCAGUGAUGACCCAUACCAAACACUUUGAUGCCUACGGUCGUGUGAAGGAGGUCCAGUACGAGAUUUUUCGUUCACUUAUGUACUGGAUGAUGGUGCAGUAUGACAACAUGGGGCGUGUGGUGGCCAAAGAGCUCAAAGUUGGACCAUAUGCCAACACCACACGUUACACCUAUGAGUAUGAUGCUGAUGGUCAGCUCCAGGUGGUCUCCAUCAAUGACAAACCUUUAUGGAGGUACAGCUAUGACCUAAAUGGCAACCUGCACCUCCUCAGUCCUGGAAACAGUGCUCGCCUGACACCGCUGCGCUAUGACAUCAGAGACCGCAUCACCCGCCUGGGAGAUGUGACAUACAGGAUGGAUGAGGAUGGUUUCCUGAGGCAGCGAGGGAAUGACUGCUUUGAGUAUAAUUCAGCUGGCUUGCUGACAAAGGUGUACAACAAAGUUAGUGGAUGGAGCAUCAAGUAUCGCUAUGAUGGCCUGGGCAGGAGGGUUUCCAGCAGAAGCAGCAAUGGCCACCAUCUUCAGUUUUUCUAUGCUGACUUGUCCAGCCCUACUCGGGUCACACACAUGUACAACCACUCCAGCUCUGAGAUUGCCUCGCUGUACUAUGAUCUGCAGGGACACCUGUUUGCUAUGGAGCUGAGCAGCGGGGACGAGUUUUACGUAGCGUGUGACAACAUCGGCACGCCUCUCGCUGUGUUCAGUGGUUCUGGUCUCAUGAUCAAGCAAAUUCUCCAUACGGCAUUCGGAGAAGUUUACCUGGACACCAAUCCCAGCUUCCAACUUGUAAUCGGCUACCAAGGAGGACUGUAUGAGCCCCUUAGUAAACUGGUCCACAUGGGCAAACGAGAUUAUGAUGUCCUCGCUGGCCGCUGGACAACACCAGACCGUGAGAUCUGGAGUCGUCUGAACAACAAUCACAUCGUCCCAUUCAACCUGUACAUGUUUAGGAAUAACAAUCCACUCAGCAAUAAUGAGGAGACAAAGUGCUUCAUGACAGAUGUGAACAGCUGGCUGGUGACCUUUGGCUUCCAGCUGUAUAAUGUUAUCCCUGGCUAUCGUAAACCGAGCACAGAGAGCAUGGAGCCCUCCUACGAGUUAGUCCGCACCCAGAUCAAGACACAGGAGUGGGACAGCACCAAGUCUUUGCUGGGCGUUCAGUGUGAGGUUCAGAGGGAACUCAAAGCUUUCGUCAAGCUGGAACGUUUUGGUCAAGUCUACAAAGCCAAAAGUGCUGGAUGCCCUCAGACCGAGGGGAAGAAGGUCUUCGCCUCUGGCGGCUCUAUUUUUGGGAAGGGGGUGAAGUUCGCCAUCCGAGAAGGCCGCAUCAGCACCGACAUCAUCAGCCUCGCUAACGAGGACGGACGCCGCAUGGCCGCAGUUCUGAACGAUGCAUUCUAUCUUGAAAACCUUCACUUCACCAUUGCGGGGAUGGACACCCACUAUUUUGUCAAACUGGGCUCAGUGGAGGGAGACCUGGCCCUCAUUGGCAUGACAGUGGGCCGGCGCACGCUGGAAAAUGGCGUCAACGUCACCGUGUCUCAGGUCAACACUGUGCUGAAUGGCAGGACUAGGCGCAUCACUGACAUCCAGCUGCAGUACGGACCCCUGCUUCUGAAUACGCGAUAUGGCAGCAGCGUGGAUGAAGAGAAAGCCCGUGUGUUGGAGGUGGCCCGGCAGAGGGCUGUCGGCCAGGCUUGGGCCAGGGAGCGCCAGAGACUUAGGGAUGGAGAGGAAGGCUCAAGAACCUGGACUGAGGGAGAGAAGCAGCAGCUUCUGGGCUCAGGGAAGGUGCAAGGCUACGACGGAUACUAUGUAGUUUCGGUUGACCAGUACCCCGAGCUUGGAGACAGUGUCAACAACAUUCACUUCAUGAGACAGAGUGAAAUGGGCCGAAGGUGACAUGAACACGAGGCUCUCGAGUGAUGGACUAAGUCAUAGGAAACAGGACUUCUUGCCAAAGACAGUUGUAUACAUGACCACAUGUUGUUUUGUUUUUUUUUGACUGUGCCCAACUUGGUUUUUAAUAUGCUGUAAACAAGACAGCGGUGGCAAACAGUUGCACUGUACUGACAGCAGCGUGCCCUUCUCCUUCUUUAGGAUUCUUUACCAGUCUUUGCUCUCCAAGUGCGGCUGCUAGAGGAUGAAAAUCUGUGAUGUCCUAUGGCCUGUUUUUGUGACUCCAUUUCCUCAUCCCUGUUGGUGAUUCUGUUCAAAGAAAUCCGAGAGGAGUUUUGGUAAUGCAUUAUGUUUCCCCGGCUCUCUCUCUGCUGCCAGACUUUUGCAGAUUGUAAUUUACAAGCCUGCUCCAUUCUGCCUUUUUCUGCGCCUCAGCCAAGGAGAUUCCAUCACUUUUAAUCACUCCUUUUUUUAAUACUUGAAACCCUCAUAGGUCCUGUCAUCCAUAAAUAAUGAGAGAGAAAUUUCUGUUGGCCCUAAUACCCUUCAUCAAAACCACAUCUGAACUUGUCAAAGCACCUUCAUUUGUGUGAUGUCUUGGAGCUUUAUGAGAGAAGGCUUUGUGCUCAUUUGUGGUCUUAAGUUCGAAGGUUCCUGUGCACCCUGAAAUGUGCAUGUCGGCCUUUUUUGUCAAGUACAAAAUCUGCAAAAAUGCUUACUGACAGUGCCUUGCAAAAGGAUUUAUACCUGUUGCGCUUUUUCAGAUUUCUUCCAGUUAUAGCCACAAACAUUGGCAUAAUAAUUUGGAUUUCAUAUGAUACACCAACUCAAAGUAAAGUUUGAUCUGCAUUUCUGUUUAGCACCCUUUACUUUAGCCCCAUGAAAAAAUAAAGUUCUAUUUGCAUUCAGUAUUCACCAAAUUAAACAAUUAAACCAUAAAGAAUUUGAAAACCCUUUAACCUUUUCUUAUUUCACAUUCAUGCAUGUUUUUACAUUUUUAUUACAAAUAAAGCCUGCCCAAUUUUUGUAUGUUCGGCAGGUUCUCUGAUACCCCUGAAGUCCACCAGUCUGUAAUAGUAUUUCAGUAUGUGAAGAUCUCAGAGGAAUGUCAGAGAACACAUAGGCACGAAACAGCGUAAAAUCCCAUAGAAUGCAUUAACGUUUUUGUGUGCAGCAUGACAGAAAUGUGGAAAAGCAUAACAGAUAUGAUCAUUUUGCAAGGUUCUUUAGGCCUAAAUUGUUUGAUGGUGCAAUGUUGGUAAAUUAGAAUGUCAUUGAAAAGUAAAUUCAGAGUUCAGAAAAAGAAAAACUCAUACAGAUUCAUUCCACGUACUGAUAUAUUUUAAGCUUGUAUUUCUGUUAUUUUUAAUAAUUAUGGUUUACAGCUAAUGAAAACCCAAUAUUCAGUGUUUUAGAAAAUGAGAAUAUAGCAAUAGGUCCAAUUUAUCCAAGAUUUGUUUUAUUUAGAAAUGUUAUGACCACAUUAUUCCCUUCAGAAUCAUGAGUAACAGACUGCUGACUUGAUAGUUGUCCGGCAAACCAUUGCUUUUGAAUAAUUAUCAUCGCUGGCUUUCCAUGCAGCACUGUAUCCAAGCACAAGAACGUUUAUUGGGUACAAAAGGAGGGGUAGUGACACUGCAAAAGCAACAGGGAUUUUAAAGCAAAGUCAAUUCAAGAGUUUGGGGGAGAUUGGGGGAGAUUCACAAGGCACGGACUAAUAUGUUUGCAUACAGGUCUCUAUAUGCUCUAUAGCAUUGGCCUUUUUCUGGCAGAAUUAUGGGUUUUCAUUUGCCACAAGCUAUACUCAUCAAGAUUAUCAGAAAUAAACACAGGGUAUUCUGCUCUGUGUGUAUAAUUAACUUUUCUAUAAUACUCUAGUUUAUUGAGAGGCACCUAUUAUAAAGCAAACAAAGGGAUGUGAUAUUUGAUUUCUAUUUGUGUUUUAUUCCAUUUUAACUGGAUUUUGGCAAAUCGAAAUAUAGGAUGGAUUUUUUUUUUUUUUUUGUCUGUGGCCAUACAACUCAAAUAUGAAACCACAUUAAGAGCCAACCCUGUCAGAAAAUACUGUGGAACUAUUGUGUGUAUUAAAGAACAAAAAGGUAUUUUCUGGGACCGGUUUUGAAUUAUAUUUUCAUUUUGUUUUAUAAAUAGCUAUAUGACUUAACAGUAUAACAAAUGUGAAUUUAAAAGAAAUGUGAAUAAUUGUCCCUUUUAUUGUUGAUUGUUGUACUUGAACAAUACUUGCAGGUGUUUGAACACAUGGAAUAAAACAGUGAGAAUGGUUUAGUUAAAUCCCUUACUGUGUAUUUCAUUAGACUCACAGCUUUUUUUUAUGGAUCUCGAUUUCUUGUUGGAGGCACUGAGGAGUUAAAGUCAGUAUUCCACAACACAAUGUCCAAUCAAAUUAAGCUUUGGAUGAAAAUGGUUCUAAAUAGUAUGAGGCAAGAAAGAAGGUCAAAGAAAGUUGUUAAUUCAGUCAUACAUGCUCCAUUAGCAUAUUGGCUGCAGAGAUAAAUGGGCUUUGGGUUGUACCGUGGGUCUGAUGAAAGAUACAAAUUGCCUUCGCCCUAAGGGCUGCCUGCAGGUCAGCAUAGAAAGCGCUUUUAUUCUCCAGAAUAGAGCUUCUCUUAGUUGGAGGAAAUGUGUUUGACCUGGAGGUGUUCUGGUUCCCGUUUACAGACUAAAUGUUGUCUAUACACACCAACUGUUACAAAAAACCCAAAUGGACAUUUUCUGAGCCCCAUACAUCUGUGACCAUCCCCCCACCCACAGGAUACUGCAAAGGACAAUUUACUUGUGCUCAUUCAAAAUGUCAUGAUGUGAAAACUCAUAAGGAGUCUAUUUUGAAAGUUGUGACAUUGAUUUGACUUCUGGUACCUUUUUGAACUAUCCCGAGCCAGUUCACACUCUUGACUGUCAUUUGCCAUCAAGAAUAUAGACUUGUCUGUGUGUGUAUAGUUGGCGAGAGCAUGAUUGAGUGUCUCAAUCUGUACAAACAACAAAGCAAACUGGACAGGAGUUUUUUUUGCUGUUUUUUUAUGAUGUUGGUUGAUUCAGUGGCAUUUUGUUCCUGAAAAACAAUAUGUAUGUUCAGCAUAAUAUGAAUGAAGGAUAUUUGCAUUGUGGAAUAUUGCACUGAUAAUUGUUGCGUCAUAAGACUGUAUCUUUUUCUAAAAGUUUUUGGACUCAUUUCGAGUUUCGGUUUGUUCUCAACACUGUGUUUUUAGCGCUUCUUUUGACUGUGUAAAUAUGAGGACAUUCAAGUAAGCUGUAAAUAAAAUGCAAAUGUAGAUACCUCUUAGAGCUACAUUGGUGACCCUGUGUAGUCUUAAGGUAGAAACAAAAAAAUAAAGGGAAUAUUUUGUGUUUA